GGCACCAUCGGCGUGCUCGCGGAGUGCUACGGCAUCUGGGAGCGCCGGUCGCCGCUGACGCCGAAGCACGUCGCGGGCCUCGUCCAGGGCGGCCACCGCGUGCUCGUGCAGCCCUCGCCGCGGCGCGUCUUCCGCGACGCGGAGUUCGCGGCCGCCGGCGCCGAGGUCACGGCGGACCUGAGCGACUGCGACGCCGUGCUGGGCGUCAAGCAGCCCGCGGUCUCGAGCGUGCUCCCGAAGACGACGUACGCGUUCUUCAGCCACACGAUCAAAGCCCAGGCGGAGAACAUGCCGCUCCUCGACGCGUUGGCCGCGCAGGAGUGCACGCUCGUGGACUACGAGUGCAUCGUGGGGCCGUCGGGCGAGCGGCUCGUGGCCUUCGGGGAGUACGCGGGCCUCGCGGGCGCGAUCGGCGCGCUGUCGGCGCUGGGCCAGCGGCUCCUCGUGGAGCACGGCGUGUCGUCCCCGCUGCUCGGCAUCGCGCCGGCGCGCUACUACGGGACCCUCGUCGACGCUCUAAAGGCCGUGGCCCGCGCCGGCGAGGCCCUGCGGCGGAACCCGUGCCGCGACCCCGUCGACGGGAAGCCGUUCGUCGUGUCCUUCGUCGGCGACGGCCGCGUGUCCGUCGGCGCGCAGCAGGUCUUCGACGCGCUCGGCGGCGGCGCGCGCCUCGUGGACGACGUGGGCGCGCUGGCGGCGCGGUUCGAGCGAGGGUUCGCGGACGACGCGCCGUCGUUCCUCGGCGUCGUCGUGCGGCGGGGCGACCGCGUCGCGCCGCGCGACGGCUCGCGCUUCGACGCCGCGGACUAUUUGGCGCGGCCCGAGCGCUACGCCGUGUCCUACGCGGACGACUGGCACGCGAAGACGUCGCUGUUGGUGAACUGCGCCUACUGGGACGAGCGGUACCCGCGCGCGCUGCCCCACGACCGGCUGCCCGAAUUCGCGCGGCUCCGCGGCGUCGCCGAUUUGGGGUGCGACGUGGGCGGGUCUGUCGAGUGCCUCGAGCGCACGACGACGCCGGACCUGCCGUGCUACUCCUACGACGCGGCGAAGCGGGCCGUCGCGUCGCCGGACACGGCGUCGGGCGGCGACUUCUUCGUGUUGGGCGUCGACAUUUUGCCCGCGGAGCUGCCGCGGGAGGCGUCGCAGCACUUCGGCGACGCGCUCAUCGGCCUCGUGCCCGCGCUCGCGGCCGAGCCGCCGUCGAUUCGCGCGUGGCCCGCGCCGCUCGCGGCCGCGACGAUCCUCGAGAAGGGCGCGCUGACGAAGCCCUACGCGUACGUCGACGAGCUCCGC